CAUGGACUGGAGUGCACAGGACUUACCUCCGACGCAGUUUCUCGAGCACGUGACCACGGCGUCCCACUGACACACCUAUUCUCUCCCACGUACUGCAGCGCGUUGGGACUGACAUGGAAUGCCCCGUGUGCCUCCUCCAGUGGGACCUGCAGGACGUGCGGCCCAAGGCGCUGCCGUGCCUGCACUCCUUGUGCCGAUCCUGCCUGGGGCGCCUCAACGACCGGCGAUGCCCGACGUGCCGAAAGACGUUCACGGAACCGGUGUCAGACAACUUCGCGCUGGUGGCGUGCCUGGAAGCCUUGGACCUGGAGAGGCCCCGUGUCGCGUGGUGGUGCAUGGACUGCCAGUGCACCGCCUCUACCGAGUGCACCGAAGAGCACAGCGUGAGGCGACCCAAGGCUGCACUGCGGCGAGGCCUGCAGGACUGGAUGCCGGCAGCAAUGCAGGACCUUCAGGGACUCCAGGACGGCCUCCAGGGGCUGCAGGACGGCAGCGCCCUGACCGCCCUGCGGCUGCUGCGCGGAGUGCCCGCCACCUGCAAGGUGACCCUGCGGCAGGACGACGGCGAGGCCUUCGGUGCCGAGUGGCGCGUCGACGGCCAGGAGCACGCCGAGGACUCGCUGCCCAGGACGCUCGUCGUGGCCCUGGCUGCCAGCGGCCACCUGCAACAGGUGCCCAGGGAAGUCCAGCAGGAGCGGGCCGCUGCAGCGCAGCAGCCAGCCGAGCAACGCAUCGAUGAGCUCAACAUGUUUAGUCUCACGCAUUCCGUCAGGAGUUCUGCCCCUGAUGAGCGACGAGACGCGCAGGCGGAGACGCUGUGCCGCGUGCGGCAGCAUGGGGUGCGCCGGAUGACUGGUGUGUACUGCGCCUAUGACCGGGCCUGGUCUCUGGACCUCCUGCGCAGUGCUGCUGCGACGCUGGAGGAGUUGAAGGCGUGUGACCUCCUCGAGGAUCACAUGGUGGUGGUGCACUGCAUGCCGCGACUGCGACGGCUGCAUUUGCAGGGCUACAGCAGCGCCCAGCCACCCCUGCUGCCCGCACUGCCGCAGCCCAGCAGCGUGCAGUGGCUGCUUGUGUGCUGUUUCCCACGCGCCAUCACCCAGUCCCUGCUGCAGGCGCACGCGGCCUCGCUGGACGUGGUGUUGCUGGCGGUGAGCGCUUCGCCUGGCUUGCUCUGGUCAGACGGAUGCAGCGACCUGGACGCCGUUCUGGGCCCGUGCGGCCUGCGCCUCUCGCGGCUCGUAUUGUUGAGGGACCAUGACACUGACAGGGACGCUUUCUGCCGUGACCAGGUGGCUGCAGCGCGCCGCGUGCUGCCAGGGUGCACCGUGCAGUGUAGACAGUGUGACGGUGUUCGUCAAGUUCUAUUCUGACGCCGCAUGAGGCCCUCUAGCGAAGAGCGCGGUUACACUGUUAUUUAACGAAUAUCACGUCAUAUUCGUUGGAAUGUGAAUUUUGUCACCUUCGUUUGAAUGUUGAUCCACGUUCAAACGAAUGUGACAUCCCAAAAAAACGGCCGUGUCACGUCCAAACGAACGUGACACAAUUCACAUUCGUUGAAUAACAGUGUACCCCUGCGUGCCUCUGGACUGGUUCGUCUGAAGGCAACUCGCCGCGCUCUCGUGGUCCGCCUGCCGCAGCCUGCGCUCCUGCCCCCCUCUCUCAGGUGGACAGGGAGCAGAGCUGCUGAACCGCUGGAAAAGAGAGCGAACGUUGAAACAGUGGCAAUUGUUCUGUUCAGAUUUGCGUUAUUCAAUCUACACUUUACUCUAUUGUCAUUAAAUUUGUGAGUACCCCAUUCAAGUUUCCGAAGUUCUUGCCAGUUAGGCAUCUCCCGAAAGUCCACCAAAAACCAGUCACCCUUGGUCACGUGAAUCCGAGCCUUUGAUCCAUACCAACACCUCGUGAAUCCGGGCCUUUGAUCUUUACCAACACAACGUUUGCAACAGGAACCAGAACCUGUUCUUAAGAAAA